AUGAUUUCACGAAAACGUUUCAAACGCAAUUUAACAUCAUUCGAAAUUUUACCAAAUGAAAUUUUGGUAGAAAUUUUUAGUUAUCUAUCUGAUGUUGAUACUGUAUAUGCUUUCUCACGUCUUAAUAAACGUUUUCAAUAUUUAAUUCUUAAUUGUUGUUAUACAUUUGAUUUUAAAUCAGUAAAUAAAACAAAAUUUACUUAUGUUAUUCAACAACAUGACAUGUAUCGAUGGCAAUCAUUACGUCUUUCUGAUGAUGACAAUACACCAGGUCAAGUAACAUACUUUUGUCAAUUGUUUUCAUUGACUGAAAAUAUCUCUCAAUUGAAAUCAUUAUCUAUUAUUAAUAUAAAACCUAAUAGUGUAUCGUUAUUUUUAUCAUAUUUAACAUUAUUUACUCAUCUCGUUUCAUUAUCAAUUGGAUUUGUUUGUGGAAAGACUAUUCCAUUUAUUGAAUUACCUACAUUAAAAUAUCUUGUUAUCAAUUCUUGUAUGCAUAGCAAUUGGAUGAAGAACCUUCAACUCAAAAGUCUUCAGCAUACUAUGGAACAUCAUUGUAAUCAUGAACACAGUUUGAUAUGGCCAGUAACUGUAAAAAAACUAAAAGUCUUUUUUAGACGAGCAGGUGAUAAUGAAAUUGUACGUGUUUCACUUAAAAAUUUAUCUCAGUUAACUAGUCUUUCUAUAUAUGAUGCUGCAUGGGAAAGUUCAGCACCCGAUGGUCAAAUAUGGGAAAAAUUAAUAACAUCAUCAAUGCCAUUAUUAGAUAAUUUUGAAUUUUAUUUUAAAUUUUGGAGAGAUUUUAAUUUAACUAGUGAUAUGAAUCGAAUUGUAUCAACAUUUUCUACUCCAUUCUAUUUACAAGAAAAAUCUUGGUUUAUUCAAUGUGAUGCUCAUCGUCGACAAUUUAGUAUAGCUAUUCUUUAUUCUUUACCAUUUGCAUUUGAACAUUUUGAAAUAGUUACACAUUCAUUUGAUGAAAGUAUUUCAACAUUGAAUAUAUGUUCUAGUAAUGAUUUAAGAAUGAAUUUAUAUAAAAAUGUCAAAAAAUUAACAGCUAAUGUACUAUGUGAGAAAAUUAAUAAAGCAUUAAUUUCAGUAAAUAUCAUUGAUUUAAAUUUAAAAUUGUUUGAUACUUCAAUGGAUUGGAUAUUUACAAUGACUCACUUAUGUCAAUUAUCAUUGGGACAUCAAUUUAAUAUGUCGUCUAAAGAUUUUAUUCGUUUGCUUAAAAAUACUCCUUAUUUACGUUCGUUAAUUGUUCCAUAUCAUAUAUUAAAAUUAUUAACAAAUGAAUGGAAAAAUAAAACACUUUGUGAAUUAUUAUCAAGUAAAAUUCGUUCAUUAGAAAUAUGUUCAGAUGGUUGUUUUUUAAUGAAUAUUCAUGAUUAUGUAAAAGUCGACGAACUUCUUCCUAUUAUUCGAGUUUUUAGUAAACGAUGUCGAAAUUUAAAUAUUACUGUUUAUUCAAGAAAUAUUGUAGUUGGACUUAUUUUGAGAACUAUGCGGCAUUUACGUAGUUUAAAAGUUUGUUUACAAGAACAUUGUGUUGAUCGAAAGAUUACAAAAGAAUGGUUGGUAGAACAAGAUAAAACAUUGAAAAAUCUAGAUUGUUUUAUUAUUGAAAAUGGAAAUGAGUAUUCAUUUUGGUUCGGUCGUCGACAAUAA